AUGUUCCUCUCCAACGACAAAUGGAGUGGAAACUCCACCCCUUCUUUAUAUGCUGCUGCUGAUCACCAAUCCAUCAUCUUCACCUCCUCUCACACUAAACCUCCUUUUAACCAUCACCAUGUGACCCUUAACUCCAACAAACUAAACCCUCCUCCUUUCUCUUUCUACCAAUUCCCUCCUCCUCCAACCUUUUCUGAACAUCAUGACCAUUUGCUUCAGCAACAGCAACAGCAACAGCAACACCACCUCCUCACUGCAGAUACCAACUUGGUCACUGAUAUUUUGAAUGACAUGGCAGUUUCAGACAACAAAUCUACAAUGCCUGCUAUUGCUGAAAAACAGAAUCCACAACAGAAGAAGAGAUCAUCAGUAAAGAGGGAUCGGCACAGCAAGAUUACCACCGCGCAAGGCGUUAGAGACCGGCGGAUGAGAUUGUCUCUCGACGUUGCUCGCGAGUUCUUCGGUUUACAAGAUUUGCGUGGUGAUGACAAACCAAGUAAAACCAUCAGGUGGUUGCUGAAUCAGUGCAAGGGACCAAUGAAAGAGCUUGCUAGGGCUAAAGAACUGAUAACAAACCAGAACUGUGUUGGUGUUGGAGGAAGUGGUGUAGCUAAGAGUGUGUCCUCCACAUCUGAGUGUGAGGUCAUGUCAGGAAUUGAAGAGAACAGCAAUGCCAGAAACUAUGAAAGAAAGGCAACUGAGAAGAACGACUUGGCCAUUAGAAGGAAGAGACAGGCACGUAAAACUAAAUUUCAUACUAUUGGAAAAGAAUCCAGGGAGAAGGCAAGAGAAAGGGCUAGGGAGAGAACUAGAGAGAAGAACAUACAAGGUCGAAGGUUUACUUUAUCUUCAAGCCCUUCUGAAACUGGUGAAGAAUCUGGUGUCUCUCACAGUCACGAAAUGAAAUCUUCAAUGGCAGAGGUGGGUGUUCUUAAAGAACCCAAUUCAUCAUCACAUUUACUAGUCCUUCAGAGGCCUAACACAAACAGUAUUGAGGAGGAACAUGUAAUGACUACAUGUAAUUCAAGCCCAUCUUCCAUCUUCAGUUUUCAACAUGAAAAUGCAAUCUCACAAGGGUUAGUAUGCAACCACCACAACAACAACAACAAUAGUGUCCCUAGUUGUCUUGAGAAUUGGGACACAAACACAUAA